AGUACCCAGAAUGCAGUGGGUCUAGAGUGGAAGUGCCAUGUACACUUUGAGGGCACUCUAAGAGCACGCUUAGGCAAGUUAAGCGCUCUUUGCAGCUAAAGAGUCUUACAUCAAGAGUCCUCUAAAGAGUGCUAUAGCUCGAUCACUGAUUUAUUUAUAUAGUUAGUCAGUUUGUUUAUUGAAUUCGGAUAUCGAAUCAACCGGAAGAACUCGGCGGCCACUUGUACUUCUUAAACGCGGAAACGGGAGAUUGUGAUCGAAAAACGAAAACGGAAAAUUGCGUGUCGCGAGUGUGCUUCCAGAUUCUCCAGGUUUUUGUGCGCCGAAAAAGUGAACAAACUCCAAAACUGUUUUCGCGCCUGUGAGUGUGUGUGAGUGUGUCUCUUUUGGAAGUCUGCGAAUGCAAAAUAUCGUAAUAUUUAAACAAAGUGCAUGUGGUGAUAUUAACUAGGCCGGGAAUUGGCUGGAUUGCCUAAGUUCGGCACAACAGGGUCCUGGAGCACAUGUCUGGCGGUGGCAACUACGGGGAAGGUCCCGUGGUGCAGGACCGAUCUGACUUGCAUGGCCUGCUGCCCGAACUCAAUGGAGUCGAGCUGGCUAUGAGCCUCAGUCCAAAGCAUCACCAUCAGGGAGGUCAGCAAGUUCUAAGCCAUCUACAGCAGUUGCAUCACUCUACGCCGUUCAGCGUCACCGACAUUCUCAGUCCCAUUGAGGAAAGCUAUCGCAAAUUGGAAUUGGCAGCGAAUCCACCAUCACCUUACAGAUCCACAUCGAGUGGAAGCAGCAUAAAUUCACCAGGAGCCAGUGUUCUUCCUUCGUCGAGUACAACCAGCACGUGCGGGAUGAACGGCGGAUACCCUGUGAUGGGCCAGUUUGGCAGUGGGCAAUAUUGCCCUGUGUCUGAAAACCUCGGUCUUGCGCCGCACUUCCCCGGAUGGUAUCAAAGUUCAGCGACGGAUCCACGCUUUGCCAUAUCCCGCUUGAUGGGCAGCACGGCGGCGGGCAGCAACAUGGGCCACGCCGGGAUGCCAGGGCUGGGAGCGUGCGCCGUGCCCGACUCGAAGCCGAUGCAAUUUCCUCUGGCGCAGCGGCGGAAAAGGCGGGUGCUGUUCACGCAGGCACAGGUGUACGAGUUGGAGCGGCGUUUCAAGCAACAAAAGUAUCUCUCAGCACCCGAACGAGAACAUUUAGCAUCUUUAAUUCAUCUCACACCAACACAGGUUAAAAUAUGGUUCCAGAAUCAUCGAUACAAGUGCAAACGUCAAGCGAAAGAGAAAGCGAUGGCGGAGCAAAAUCAACACAAUCAGAGUUCUAGUUCACCUCGUCGUGUAGCUGUCCCAGUCCUUGUCAAAGACGGCAAACCCUGUUCGGGUGGUUCGGGCAGCGCCUCCGGAAAUCAAUCCUCAGCAUCGGCAGUAUCAGCUUCGGAGGUGAGCCGCAGCCAGCAGAGCGGCGUGUGCCAGUCGCAGCAGCAGGCGCAGUGCAUGUCCAACGGCGGGCUGGCGAUGGCCUACCGCCAGCAGGCAGGCAACUACCAGCAGCAGUGCGGGACAUACCUGCCGCUUCAGGCGAGGGCAUGGUAGUAACGCGGAACGCAAACACCCGCGGCAACCGAGGGAGUUUGUAUGUACAUACGCACAUCACGUACACACACAACUACACAGUUAGGUGUAUCGUAUAGUUUUCCAACACAAUCCGUAGGUAAUACGACCCAUUACACCCCAAUAUAGACAUUAGAGAAAUAUUUGUGUCGUACUUUGCAAUACUGCAAUAUUAUUUGGUUUCAUUUUCUAAGCAGACAAAUAAUAACACUAAUGUAAUCUAAUCAUAUAUAAUUUUGCGAUAGUGGGUGAUUUUUAAUUCAAUGUAUCACUAUGUCAGAUGUAGGUGCAUCAAAAAACUAGCAAAUAACAUAAAAUAUUAAUAAAUAAAUUGAAAUUUAAAAUAAAUACGAAACAAAGCAAUAUACAAAAAUAAAACAUAAUUAAGUAAAUACACUUAAAUUAAAAUUUACUUUUCUGCUUAACAAAAUACUUCCGAUUGUAAGCGUUUGAAACGAUUGUAAAUAUGACUAAUUAAACACAGACGAUGUUGAUGUAAAAUGACAUUGUCAAUGUAAAUAUGCUAGCUCAUAGUGAACAAAAAUUAUAUAGUUAAGCGAUGUGGCGUCUCUCAUUUGCAUUCCAGCAUUCUCGAUUCACGAUGUAUCAUAAAAACAUAUGUAUUUAAUAUGCGUACGCGAAAUUUAUUAUAAUACGAUUAACAGACUAACAUUUAGGUGAAUUUGUAAUCAAUUGUGUGUAUAGAUAUGAGUAUCUCAUAAAAAUGUUUAUUGAAAUGAAUAAUUAUGUAUUGUAAACAGUGGAUUAAGGAUUAAAUAAUGUUAAAGUAUUUAAAACAAA